GAACCAGAUGUCUCCAUUUCUGACCCCCAGACCUAAACCAGCUUCCCGAAAUAAUAAUAGCAAUAAUUAUUAUGCAGUAUCCGCACUUGAUAUGGGAAUCAGUGAUGAGGAAUGGGAAAGACUGCAGAAGGCUCUCGACUGGCCUGGUCCAGAUAAAAAAAUCAAUCAGCUGAAUCUGAGCACAAGCCCAGUCCACUCAACAUUCUCAAUUGUGGGACUCAAAAACAGUUACAAAGUGGGAGAGAACAUCUCCAUUGUUAUCACAGCCAGAGACCACAACAACAACCUGAAAAGAUACGGAGGAGAUUUUUUCAAAGCAAAGCUUUUCAAUUCAAACCUAAAGGCGAGUGUGUAUGGGGAGGUUCUGGAUCAUCGUAAUGGAACGUACUCUGAUGUUCUUCUUGUGCCCUGGGAAGGUCAGGCACAAGUUUUUGUACGUCUUGAGCACUCCAGUGAGGUUGUGCAGAUUCUUAAAAAAUACAGAGAGUCUUCAUUCCCACGCAGCCACUAUAAUGGCCACUUUGAAGGUCCAGGCCCCGAAAACACCAGGAUCAGUGAAGUAGUAGAAUGCAAUCUUAAGUGGGGUGGAGAUGGAAGUUGGAGUAAAGGCAACUGCUGCUGUGAGUAUGAGGAUAUAAAAAUGGGGACGGUGUGGCAGUGUGAGAGACCGAAGAAACUUUCCUGUGACAAACUGGUUCAUCACUCAAUGGGAGGUUUUAAAAGCCCUUUAAAUGCAUUUGAGAAUCAACUUUUUACAAAGUAAGUUUGAAAGUAUUCAAAUGUAAUUCAGAAAAA